CUGGAAUGGAAAUAAAGGAGAAAUCCAGAGAAAAAAGGCGCGUGGACAAUGGAGGUAUUCUAUCUGUUAUGCUCAAUCCUCUCCACCUUCCUCACUUCUCUCACUCUCUCCCUCCUCCUCCCAUUCCACACCCUCCUCCACCGCUUCUCUUCAUGCGCCGCCUCUUCCUCUUCCACCUCCCUCUACGAAGGCACCGUCUGGCACGAGCGCCGCCGUCCUGUUCACCACUCUUUUCGCUAUGCCGUCCGCUACGCGCUCAUUGACCUCGACCACACGCCGCAACCCCUUCCCAACCACCUCUCCGCCGACGAAGCUCGCCGAAUUGCAGGCACCGGUGGCCGAACCUUGCUUUUGACAAUUCCGCAAAGCGUGGGAUAUGAGCAGAACCCACUGAGCUUGUACUACUGUUAUGAUGUUGGUGAGCAGCUUUUGAAAAAGUGCAUUGCUGAGGUAACCAACACACCAUGGGGAGAAAGAGUGACAUUUGUGUUCAACCCAAAUUCUGAUUUAGUGGCAAAACCAUUACAUGUCAGCCCUUUCAUGGAUAUGUUGGGGAAUUGGAGUAUCAGAGCAAAUGCUCCCGAAGAUGAUCUAUUUGUUUCAAUUUCAGUUCAACACCCAAACCUUGGCAAUUAUUUCACAGCUACCCUAAAAGCCAAAAGGGUAUCCUCAACUUCGGCAUCUGAUCACGCACUGUUCUUCUGGUUGAUGCCGCAUAAAGUUGCAGUGUGGAUUUAUUGGCAUGCCUUCAAACUGUGGUGGAAAAAUGUGUCAUUUGUCCAACAUCCAAGGUACUCCAACCCUGCAUAUAGGGAGGAAGCUUUGGUACGUGAUGAAAAACUUCAAUGCUGUCCGGCUGUUGGAUUUGGUGAAGAUAAACGGCAUCUGCAACUUGAAGGAAAUGGUCAAGGAUGUAUAGCUAACAGCGGGGAUCGUUUUUGUACAUGGAGAGAUGCUAAGUGGCCUUGGUGUUGAUUCCAAAAGGUAGGACUAGCUUUGUCCUCUAUGUUAACAUGGGAAGCAAGCGGCGGAAUUCAGUUAUUCUUGUUUGUUUUUGUUCUUCCUGAAGUUUGGAUUCAUGGGAACUACGUAGGUCCUGUUCUGAACAUGAGCUGCUUCAUACUCACACUAUUUGUCGAAAACGUCGGAUUCGUCUCUCUUUUUUCUUUUUAUUUUUUCAUGUAAUUUUGUUUCUAUAUUUGAUGGAAUGGUUAACUACCUUUAGUUUUGAGUGAUAUUCAAGUUGUGGGAUAUCAAAUCAAA